AUGUCGACGCCGGCGUCGCCGGAGCCGAGCGGCGCGCCGCCCUUCGCCUACGACGGCGGCGAGCCCUUCACGCCGACGAGCUUCGCGUCGCCGCAGCCCGAGGACUUUGACAUCGACGCCAUGGACGCCCAGGAGCAGGCGUACCAGCGCGAGCAGCAGGAGAUCCAGGCCGCCAUCGCCGCGGCGGCGGAGCAGCAGCAGGAGAUCUCGAAGAAGCAGGUCAUCGCGUCGUUCCGGCUCCUCUUCACGCGCCGCGCGGCCAAGGCGCGCGACGUCUGCCAGGGGUUCCGCGCCUUCAAGUUCGGCUGGCUGCUGGAUCGCACGGAGCGCGCGGCCGCGCGGUCCGCGCGCCUGAUCAACGAGGCGUUCCUGCGGCGGGAGCGCGGCCGCGCCUUCCUCCGGCUGAAGCGGGCCACGGCGCUCGUCGGCGCGCUGCGGCGGCUCCUCCACCGCAAGGCGCGGCUCGCGGCGCGCCUCGCGGUCCGCCGCUGGGUCUGGUUCGCCGUCGCGCGCCACGGCCGGCGCGGCCUCGCCCGGCGCUGCGCGCGGCGCUACGGCCUGCGCGCGCUGCGACGAGUCUGGGGUUCCCGGCUCCUGCCCUGGUUCCGGUGCCGCCUGCGAAUGGGCCUCGCGAAGCUCGGCUCCGAGCGGGACCGGCGCGCCGCGGGGCGCCGGCGGCGCGCCGCGGGCGCGGACCGGCGCAAGGCGCGGCUCCUCAAGUGGGGGCUCGGGAGCCUGACGCACUCCGCGCGGAAGCUCGCCGCGGACCGCGCGGCCCGGGAGCGGGCGGACGCGCUCGCGCGCGCGGCCGAGAGCGCGGACGUCCGCGACCUCGCGACGCACGACCGCGUCGCCGCGGAGCGCGCGCGCCUCGGCGCCGUGCUCGACGUCGUCGCCGCGGCGGGCGAGGCCGCCGCGGCCCGCGGCGCCGCGGCGGCGGCGGCCGCCGAGGCCGCGGCCGCGGCCGCGCGCGGCGCCGUCGGCGCCGUCGACGCCGCGGAGGCCCGCGACGCCGCGGAGGCCGCGGACGAGCGGCGCCGGGACUCGGAGCGCGACGCGGCCGCGCGGCGCCUGCGCUGCGACGAGGCCGAGGCGUCCGCCGAGCGGGCCGACGAGGCGCGCGCGGACGCGGAGCGAGCCAGGGACGACGCGGCCGACGAGGCCUUCUGGAGCGACGACGCGACCAAGGCCGCCGACGCGUCCAUCAAAGCCGCGACGUUCCUGCGGCACCGCGGGAACCUGCGGCGCGCCGCCGUCGCGGCGUGCGCGCGGGCCUACCACGCGACGGCGCUCGCCGCUGCCCUCGCGCGGCGCGCGCUCCUCCACUGGCGCUGUCAGGCCGACGCGCGGCGGGCCAAGGCCAUCGUCGCCGUGCGCCUGCUCGGCCGCUGCCGCCUCCGGAGCCGCGCGGCCCACCGGGCCUUCGCGCGGUGGCGCACGUGGACGGAGUUCGCCGCGAAGCGCCAGGUCUUCCCUGCGUAG